AUGAUAAUACACAACUUCCCUACCCUCGCAUUGGUGUGCCCUGGGAUGAUAAUACACAAGUUCCCUACCCUCCUUGCACUGGUUGGUCCAGGGAUGAUAAUACACAACUUCCCUACCCUCCUUGCAUUGGUGGAUCCUGGGAUGAUAAUGCACAAGUUCCCUACCCUCCUCGCAUUGAUGGAUCCUGGGAUGAUAAUACACAACUUCCCUACCCUCCUUGCAUUGGUGGAUCCUGGGAUGAUAAUGCACAAGUUCCCUACCCUCCUCGCAUUGAUGGAUCCUGGGAUGAUAAUACACAACUUCCCUACCUUCCUCGCAUUGGUGGAUCCUGGAAUGAUAAUGCACAAGUUCCCUACCCUCCUCGCAUUGAUGGAUCCUGGGAUGAUAAUACACAACUUCCCUACCCUCCUUGCAUUGGUGGGCCCUGGGAUGAUAAUGCACGGGUUCCCUACCUUGCUUGGAUUGAAUAUUUUUGGAAAUCUAGUUGCGGUCUGCAUGGCAUUCACUACCAGACAAUAUUCGAUGUGCGUAUUUGUUUUUCUAGUUCUUUUCGGACUUGUUCGCUUCAUUGAAACCCAAGAAUGUGGCGAUCGUGAUCUAUUUGGAGCCAGUGGGUCAUUCCGCUACCCUCUGGUAAGUGGCACCACUUAUCCGAAUAAUGCCAAUUGUGAAUGGGUUAUAACAGUCCCCAAUAACGGGGUCAUACAAUUGGUGUUUAACAGUUUCGCCUUGGAAUACCAGUUAACCUGUAAUUUUGACGUUCUGGAAAUCUAUGAUGGCCCUUCAGCGUCGUCUCCUUUGAUUGGAAGGUUUUGUGGGACAACGUUACCCAGUGACAUCAGAAGCACCAAUGAUCAGCUCUACUUCUCGUUUUCUUCUGAUUCUAGUGUAGUUUCACAGGGAUUUGAGGUGACUUGGACCGUGGAGAAUGAGUGUGGCGAUAGUGAUCUAUUUGGAGCCAGUGGGUCAUUCCGCUACCCCCUGGUAAGUGGCACCACUUAUCCGAAUAAUGCCAACUGUGAAUGGGUUAUAACAGUCCCCAAUAACGGGGUCAUACAAUUGAUGUUCAACAGUUUCGACUUGGAAUACCAGUUAACCUGUAAUUUUGACGUUCUGGAAAUCUAUGAUGGCCCUUCAGCGUCGUCUCCUUUAAUUGGAAGGUUCUGUGGGACAACGUUACCCAGUGACAUCAGAAGCACCAAUAAUCAGCUCUACUUCUCGUUUUCUUCUGAUUCUAGUGUAGUUUUAGAGGGAUUUGAGGUGACUUGGACCGAUCUAGCGCCAUGUGGUCAAACAAUGAAGACCAACUUUCGAUAUACCACUCAAGGAUUCUUAACCAAUGCGCACAACCGUAUGGAUGUCUUGGCUUACAGCGCAUUGUCCAUUGCUUCUCAUACUAACGAUUGGUGUCUCUACGAUGCUUUUGAGAAGACCAUGGAAGCCGUCAAAGACUACCUUGCCCAAUUAAAACUUGCGGGCGAAGAGGCAAAAACAUUUGCAGACCAGCCGACUGUUGAAUUCGUCAAGAAGAUGACGUCCCGCCAUGAAGAUAUUUUGAAACAAUUCAGUGUUUACAUGGACAACUCCCGUCGUGCUGAAAGAACAGAGUCUGAAGCGUGGCUUUUUAACAAACUAAACGAAUGGUUGAACUUUGCAGAAUUUGUAGAUGAUGACAGGGAUUAGGUGGAGGCCUGUAUUGUGUAAAAAGGGUGAAGGGGCGGCAGUGUGAUGUUCUAGUCUCUGGGAUACGUAUCGAGUAUCUACUCUGACUUCAUGUUAAAAAUGUUUCAUCUGAUGUUCAGUGGUAUCUAUAUUAAAAAUAAAAGUUGG